CACCGUCGAAACGACUAUCAGUUAUUCUCUACCGAAGCGAACAGCUAAAUUAUGGCACCGAAAACCAGUGGAAAGGCCGCCAAGAAGUCCGGAAAGGCACAGAAAGUCAUCGUCAAGGGAGAGAAGAAGAAGAGGAGACAGCGCAGGAAAGAAAGCUGUGCCAUCUACAUCUACAAGGUGUUGAAGCAGGUCCACCCGGACACCGGAGUCUCGUCGAAGGCCAUGAGCAUCAUGAACAGCUUCGUCAAUGACAUCUUCGAACGUAUUGCUGCUGAGUCGUCCCGUCUGGCUCAAUACAACAAACGCUCGACGAUCACCUCCCGCGAAAUCCAAACUGCUGUCCGUCUGCUGCUGCCGGGUGAGUCGGCCAAGCACGCUGUUUCUGAAGGAACCAAGGCCGUCACCAAGUACACUAGCUCCAAGUAAAUCCGUACCAUCCAAACAAUCAAUCGGCCCUUUUCAGGGCCACAA